CCAGGCGCCCCGGAAACGCCGCGCCGGCGGAGCUGGCAGCCCGCCCCCAGUUCGCACUUAGCGGAGAGGGGAAGGGAGAAAAGGAGGAGGGAGCGGCCUCUACUUCCUGAAUCGCCUGCAGAUCCAAGUCGCGAGCUCAGCCUACGCUGCGCCACGAUGUCCGGAGGGUCAGCCAAGAGCCUGGCGAAGGGAAGCGCGCCCCCAGGGCCGGUCCCCGAGGGCCUGAUCCGCGUCUAUAGCAUGAGGUUCUGCCCGUUCGCCCUGCGGACGCGCCUUGUCCUGAAGGCCAAGGGAAUCAGGCACGAAGUCGUCAACAUCAACCUGAAAAAUAAACCUGAGUGGUUCUUUAAGAAGAAUCCCGCUGGUCUGGUGCCAGUUCUGGAAAACAGCCGGGGUCAACUGAUCUACGAAUCUGCCAUCACUUGUGAGUACCUGGAUGAAGCAUAUCCAGAGAAGAAGCUGUUGCCAGCUGACCCCUAUGAGAAAGCGUGCCAAAAGAUGGUCUUUGAGUUAUUUUCUAAGGUGCCACCUUUGGUAGGAAGGUUUAUAAGAAGUGAAAAUAAGGAAGACUGCUCUGACCUGAAAGAAGAAUUUCGCCAAGAAUUCAGCAAGCUUGAGGAGGUUCUGACCAAUAAGAAGACAACCUUCUUUGGUGGCAAUUCACUUUCUAUGAUUGAUUACCUCAUGUGGCCCUGGUUUGGAUGGCUGGAAGCACUGGAGUUAAAUGAGUGUGUAGACCACACUCCAAAACUUAAGCUCUGGAUGGCAGCCAUGAGGAAAGAUCCUACAGUAUCAGCUCUCCUCAUUGACGUGAAAACCUUUCAAGGUUUCUUAAAUCUCUACGUGCAGAACAGCCUGGAGGCCUGUGACUACGGGCUCUGAUGGGGGCAGAAGUCAACAAUGAAAAUAUAUCUGAUACUUUCCUUCACUAAUAGGAAUAAAAGCAUGCUUUUAUCUUAAAAA